UCAAGGUUUCAAAAUCAUUAUUUUGACAGUAAUUAACAACAAAAACGUGUUUUUAACAAGUAAAGUAGAUAUAAUUAUUCUACAUUUAUUUAAUAUUGUUUCCUGUGAUAACCGUUUAAAAAUAGAACCAUGUCUCGUUAACAAAACAUGUGCAAAAUGACAAGAACUUAUCGAAAUAAUUGCAAGGAAGCGGUUAAAGUUGUAGCUCGAAUUAAUGGCUAUUUUCAGUAAACUUAUAAAAGACAAACCAAAUGCUGGAGGAUAUCCUACGUACAUUAUGAUCAGCCUAGGACCUUCAAUAUUUCCAUCUUAUGGUGUGUUCAUUCCAAUUGUGUCGACAAUCCUUUUGUGUGUUGCUAGUUAUUAUGUUUUCAAAUGGUUAAGUACUGAUUCUGUAAUUCCAAUCAGGGAUGUUACAAAAAAGCAUAACUGGAAAACUAUACAAAUUUCUUCUAAGCCCUGGUACUGCUCUGUUUGUGAGGCACUUCUUCUUAACGGUAUUGGGGUUUAUUGUGACUGCUGUGGUAUUUUUUCUGAUCCGGAUUGUGUCAAAACAGCAAAUAAAGAGCUAAAAUGUAAAGUGGUUACAAGUAAGAGUGAAGAGCAUUUCCAUCAUUGGAUAAAAGGUAACUUAUCUCUUGGUGCAAUGUGUGUAGUAUGCAAAGAAGAGUGUUCUGUAGAACCAGGUUUAGUAGACUACCAAUGCUGCUGGUGUCACAGAACAGUUCAUACAGAAUGUUUAGAAAAAAUAAAUAAGGAAUGUGAUUUUGGUCCUUUUCGUAAUAUGAUAGUGCCCCCCUGGUGUGUCCAAGUAGCAAGAUUAAAGAGCAGCAUCCAUCGUCAUUUGCUGCUUAGAGGAGUCAAAAAUCCUGGAUGGAAAGACUGGUGUCCAUUAAUCGUUGCUGGAAAUAGGAAAUCAGGCAACAAUGACGGAGCAACAGUGCUGUCGGAAUUCAGAAGAUAUUUGAAUCCUGCACAGGUGCUUGACUUGGCUGAUAGACCCCCAGCUGCAGCACUUCAAUGGUGUGUACUUACAUCACCCAAGCGUUUGAAGCUUCUGGGAGCUGGAGGAGAUGGCACAGUAGCCUGGAUACUUACCACAGCGUUCAGAAUGGACUUGGAUCCUGAACCUCCUAUUGCAAUAUUACCACUUGGAACAGGUAAUGAUUUGUCAAGGGUGUUGGGAUGGGGCAGGGAAAAUCCCUCUGAAGUAAACGUACCGGAUUUGCUUAAAAAAAUUGACAGGGCUGAAGUUAUUGACAUUGAUAGGUGGCGAAUCGAUGUAACUCCUUAUCGUAAUCUCAGUAAUUUAGGUAUAAGGAUUCCCUCGAAAACUCUGUACAUGUACAACUAUUUUAGUAUUGGGGUGGAUGCCCAGGUGGCCCUGGACUUUCACAAAACACGCGACAGCAAAUUUUACAUCUUUGGCAGUCGUAUAUUCAACAAGUUGCUGUAUCUCUGUUUUGGAACACAACAGGUGGUAACAGCUGACUGUAAGAAUAUAGAAAAACGUUUAGAUCUCUAUUUAGAUGGGAAAUACAUUGAUCUUCCGGAAUUAGAGUCUAUAGUAAUACUCAACAUACCCUCGUGGGGUGCAGGAGUUGACUUGUGGGGUUUAUGUGAGUCAGAAAACCCUCAGUCGUAUAACGAUGGUAUUUUGGAAGUUGUUGGUAUUUAUUCGUCAUUCCAUAUCGCCCAGUUACAAGUUGGAUUGUCUACACCUCACGUGUUGGGGCAGGCAAGGACUGUAGAGGUUAAUAUUAAGAAAACCUGCCCAGCUCAGAUAGAUGGCGAGCCUUGGGAACAACAUCCGGCACAUUUAAAAGUAGCCCUGGUAAACAAGGCUUCCGUCUUAUUAAAUCAAGAAUAAUGUUGAAAAGAACAACAAACCUAAGUCUCCAUAAUUUAUUUAACGUUGGGUCUAUUUUUUCGUUGUUACAUUUGAAGUAUUAUCUAUCUUUAUCGACAUAAUCUCUUAUUAAUUAAUGUAAUUAUAAACAGUAAGAUGAUGUGUUGAUUUUCGAAAGCAUUUAUCUAUGUAUAUUUUAAAAAUGUUGACUUACAUAGAUUUAAAUAUGUGUUUCUUUAUUAAUUGUUAAUUAUUUAUUAAUAUUACGGACGUUACACCCAAAAA